GAGGCCAAUCCUAAGAAUAUCCAGGCCAUCAUCAACAUGGAGCCCCCACGCAACGUAAAGGAGGUCCAACGAUUGACGGGUCGCCUGGCAGCCCUCGAUCGCUUCUUAUCAAAAUCGGUGGAGAAGUCCUUACCCUUCUUCCAGAUCAUGAGAAAAACCGCCGGUUUCCAGUGGACUUCAGAGUGUCAGGGGGCCUUCGAGGAACUGAAAUGGUACUUAUCUUCACCCCCUGUGCUCUCUAAACCCAAGGUGGGGGAGAUCCUAUACCUUUACUUGGGCGUUAGCCCGGCAACCAUCAGCUCAGUACUCAUCCGGGAGGAGGAUGACAUCCAACAUGUCAUCUUCUAUGUUAGCAAGACCCUAAGGGAAGCAGAACUCCGGUACUCCCCCGUGGAAAAAACGGUGUUGGCUAUCGUGUGGACCGUCAAGAAAUUAGGCCAUUACUUCCAAGCUCACCCGGUCUAGGUCCUCACUCACCAACCCCUCGGCGCCUUGAUGAGGAGCCCCACCAGCUUCUCCCGAAUGGUAAAAUGGGUUGUCUUCUUGAGCCAAUACAACAUCGACAUCCUUCCUAGGCCCGCCAUCAAGGGCUAAGCCCUAGCGGACUUCGUGACGGAAUGUACGGCAAGAUCAGCCACGGACGAGGAGCCCUCGACUCCUUCGGAUGAUUGGUGGACCCUCUACACCGACGGCUCCUCCGCCGUCAAAGCAUGUGGAGGAGGGGUGGUUCUCAUCUCACCCGAAGGCUUUCGGGCCUAUUAUGCAGUCCGCUUCUCCUUCAAAGUCUCUAACAAUGAAGCCGAAUACGAAGCCCUCCUCUGUGGCCUUCGGCUGGAAGCUAACAUGAAGGCACGACAGAUCCACGUCAAAUGCGACUCCAAAUUGGUUGUCGACCAAAUUUCCGGAUAGUACGAAGCCAAGGAAGGGAGAAUGAAGCAAUACAAGGAGGCGGCCAAGGAAUUGCUUAAGGUAUUUGAGGAACACUCUCUUACUCAAAUACCGAGGGCUCAAAACUCUGAGGCCGACAUUUUAUCUAAGCUCUCGGCCGAAUCCCGUGAGCACAUCUCAAAGAUUGCCAAAGUAGAAGAGCUCAGCCUUUCUAGCAUACAUGCUAGCCCCAUCAUAAACAUACAACAGAGGCAAGAUGACUGGAUCUCAGACGUUGUCGCCUUCAUCACCACAGGGCAACUGCCCGAGGAUGAGGCCCGCGCGAAGCUAGCAAAGCUGAGGGCUCCCAGCUACGCUAUCGAAGACGGAAGGCUUUACAAAAGGUCCUACAACGGGACAUUACUUCGGUGCCUUCAUCAAGAUGAAGCCGAAGUGGCGAUGGAGGAAGUGCACAGUGGCACUUGUUCAGCUCACUAGUGACCCUUCUCCAUGUCCCGGAGGCUAAUAAUCCAGGGCUACUUCUGGCCUACGAUGGCCCGGGAUUGUGCAGAUCUCACCCGAAGGUGUUCCGCAUGCCAACACUUCCAGAAAGCCCCCGGAAGGCCAGCGGUCAACUAUGCCCCCAUAAACACUAUGAGCAUCUGACACACACCAACAUCCAUCUUAAUCAGGGCCUUCAGCAACUGUCAGAAAAGCUUGACACUCUGACAGAGUCCCUGCAUACCUUCAUGAGCUCAUCCAACAAGAAGAUUGACACAAUCUCCAGAGAAGUAGAUGGAAUUAACUCUGUCCUCUACUUUCACUCUCAAUCAAUGAAUGGUCAGAAUCAGAAACUACAGGAGAUCGCUGAAGCCAUUGACAUUCUGCAAUGGAAUACUGAUCAAGCCUCAGAGCGCUUCAUGGAGAUAGGAAAUAUGUGUACAGAACACAAAGCGCAGGCCUUAUAUAUUCUUCACAAGGACAAGGAGCGUUACCAGAAGUUGGUACUCCUUGAAGCAAGUACAUAGAGUAUCCAGUCUACCAUGGAAAGACAACAGAACCUGAUUGAAGGUCUGGCCUCUAUUACCCAGACCCUGCCAGAAGCUCUGGAUGAGAUCAGAGAUGCCCAAGCAUCAGAAUUCUCAAAGAUUGAACUCCUCCUUGGCGAUCUUGUUGAUGCCAAAAAGAGGGAAGACACCAGAGAAGAAGAAGGUCCAAGCUCCAGAACCUUGUCUAUCAGAGGACCCUCAUCUUCUGUUGAUCCUGCUCCUUAUUUCGAAGCUGCAAAGAAGAAAAAGCAAGCUAAUGCAGGCACCAGACCUCCUCCUCCACCUCCCAGAAGUUCUAAGAAGAAGUCCUCCAACUUUACCUUCAAUGAAUGGAUGAAGAGUGGGAUGUCUAAGCCUGACAGAGCCCAAUUUACACAGAUGAAGAAGCUGAUGACUCCACUGCAACAAGAGAAUUUGUUUAUGGACAGUGAUGGACUCGUCCAAAUCAAUCAUGGUGGAUCAAUUCAAGAAGCUGAGAUCUGGUGGCAGAUGAGAGUUCUAUCUGGCAAGAACAUUUCAGAAGCAAUCAGAAAUUACUUAGAUUGCAAGCUUGCACCUCAUUGAGCAGACUAUCAGAAUCCGAGGGACUUAGCCUCCAUCAGAGCAAAGGUCAAUGCAGAGCUUGAAAGGAUUGACAAAGCAGGACCUCAGGUAGAUGAAGAUGAAUCCUAAAUUUUAUCUAUCUCUGAUUAUGUAAUUAACCAUCUGAUAAUAAGAUACCAUCUCUGCCUCUAGUUUGCAUGACAUCUUAUAUUAUCUGUUCUUACUUACUUUCUGUGAAUUCCUUGUGCUUGCUCUGUUUCUUUUUGUCCUUUUAUUGCUAUCUGAUUGUACUGUACUCUUACUAUUUUCCUAUGCUAAGUUGCCCACCAAGAUUUUAAUAGAAGUUUUUGACUUUAUUCUUGUAUGGUGAGAGGCACUUCUCUGGAAAUAGUUAAAGGGUUUUGGCAUCAUCAAAAAGGGGGGAAUUGUAAGGAAUAAAUGUAAUUAGAUUUUGAUGAUGCUAGGUUGAUUAGUAUUUGAAAGUACCCCAAUAGAAUUUUUGUAUUAGAAUUUGUCUUUGUAUGUACUAGAAUAGUCGACUUGCCAGAAACCCUUUUGGUCUUCCUUAUCAGAACUUCUACCAGAGAUGCUCUCAGAGUUACUCUCCAGAGAAGCAAUCAGAGUUGGAUACCAGAGUUGGCAUCAGAAGCUGCCAUCAGAGUUCUGAUCAGAAAACCUCAUCAGACAAGCUCGCACCUUGCAGAACUCAAAGACUCUUACCAACGGUCGUUAAACUAACGGGAAAUCCCCUAACGGCUACGAACCUUUCAACGGAAACAUGGUACUGUACACGCAUUAAAUGCUCAAUUAAUGAUGUACGUACGAAGAUAUAUUUAAAGCUGAUGAUUGACCAUGCGAGUAUCUUCGCACCCCCAAAAUAGCAAGUCGAAGGUCCAACCGGUCAAGUCAACAGUACAAGCAUUUAAUGAAGCUGUCUUCUACACUCUAACGAGAAGACUGCUCCCAGUAUAUAAGAUACACUCUGAAGAACUACUAGGAUAGCUUUGCUACAACAUUUGCCAGACGAACUUGCUCAGAUCAUUCUACUCUAAAUCAAAUACCUCCAAGCUUUCUUGAGAUCAAAGACUUACUUACCUCAACAAGAAAAGCUCAAGUUGGAAGAUAUACUUUCUGAUCCCUCAUCCAACUAGCAAGUUGCAAAGUUCCUCAGUUCUUCAACACUUCGAAAACUUCAUCUACACAUCCUUUGUGAAGAAGCAACGUUGGAGAAAACUGAUCUUGAUUCAAACACUUCUUGAAAAAGAAGAGGCGUCUCAAACUAACUGGAGUAAGUGAAGUGGUGAUACUUCAUAGAGACUCAGUGAAACGAGACCAGCCAUCAGGAAGCAGGACUGCAUCCCGGGUGGCAACUAGGCUUGAAGAAGACGUGGAGAGCUUCUUAAGUUCUAGGGACUAAGGCGUUGUAAACUGUUAUUUUUGCAAGCUUAGUGGAACAGUGGACUAGAGGAACAAGUUGUUCCUUGAACCACUAUAAAAAUCCCCGGUGUCACUUACUUUACAUAUUUCAUUUCUACACUUAAGAACUUGACUGCAUAACUCAAAAGGUUGGACUCUGUGUUCAGCAGAUCUUCCUCAAGAGUUAUCAGAAAGGCAUUUGCCUUAGUGUUGUCUGAGGCUACCCGGACAGAACCUAAUCCGCUGCCAGGUCCAGUUCUGCCAUCAGAACUUGACCUUCUCUGUCACCAGAUUUCGACCAUCUCUGAUAAGUCAAUUUUGACUUAGAGAAAAGUUUAAAUUCCUGAACAGUCUAUUCACCCCCCCCCCCUCUAGACUGUUCCCAUUACAAACGGGACCAACACUAUGUCAAAAGCUACACUUGGGGGAUCCCAAACAAACAACAAUGGCGUUACAAUUGGCUGAUCGAUCUGUCAAAUAUCCUAUCGGCAUUCUUGAAGAUGUUCCUGUCAAAAUUGACAAGUAUUAUAUCCCGAGAGACUUUUUUGUCUUGGAUAUGGAAGAAGAUGCCCGAGUUCCUAUUAUUCUCGGGAGACCUUUUCUAGCCACGACAGGAGCAAUUAUCAACGUAAAAAGGGGUACCCUUAUCCUUGACAUUGGGGAUGAUAAGAUUGAAUUCAAUGUAUAAGAGCUAAGUAAGGAUACACCUUGUGUCCUUGAUGGUUACUAUGUUGAUGUUAUACUCUUGUAUCAUAAAGACAUUUGAUGAGUCUUAUUGGCUUUCUAAAGAUCCCAUGGAGUACACUAUACGAAAAUCUAUUGCAGAUGAGCAAGCCAAUGAAAUGGUGAAUUUAUGUCUCGAAAUGCUUCAAAGCAUAUCUUUACCGAUGCCUGAAGCACUUAAAUUUCAAGUGCUUAAUCUUGAAGAUCAAUCCUUCAAUGUCAAAGGAAAAGCACCUGAAGUAGAACUCAAAUCACUUCCAUCUACUUUUAAAUAUGCUUUUCUUGGUCCGAAUUCCACUUAUCCUGUCAUUGUGAAUGCUGAUUUGGAUUUUCAACAAGUGGAAAGAAUAUUGCAAGUCUUACGAAGGCAUCGAAGAGUUAUUGGAUACACCAUUGAUGAUAUUGUUGGCAUAAAAGCAUCUUACUGCAUGCACCGCAUUUACUUGGAAGAUGAUCACAAGCCGAGCAUUGAGCACCAAAGACGCCUCAACCCGAACAUGAAAGAUGUUGUUAAAUAAGAAAUUCUUAAAUUGUUGAGUGCUGGUAUCAUUUUCCCCAUUUCGGACAGUAAAUGGGUAAGUCCUAUCCAUGUGGUACCAAAGAAAGGAGGAAUUACUGUUGUAAAGAAUGACAAAAACGAGCUGAUUCCUACACGAAUAGUCACUAGAUGGCGCAUAUGCAUUGAUUACCGCAAGCUAAACAAGGCUACUCGGAAAGAUCAUUUUCCACUUCCCUUUAUUGAUAAAUUGCUGGAGAGGAUGGCUAAGCACAAAUAUUUCUGUUUUCUUGACAGAUUCUCUGGAUUUUUCCAAAUCCCAAUUCAUCGUGAUGAUCAAGAAAUGACGACAUUUACAUGUCCUUAUGGAACUUUUGCAUAUCGCAGAAUGCCGUUUGGAUUAUGUAAUGCACCAGGAACCUUUCAACGAUGUAUGCUAGCUAUUUUCUCGGAUCUUGUCGAGGAAAUUAUGGAAGUUUUUAUGGAUGAUUUCUCGGUUUACGGGAUUUCUUUUGAUGAUUGCCUUGAAAAUCUUGAUAAAGUGUUGAGCAAAUGUGAAGAAGCAAAUCUUGUCCUCAACCGGGAAAAAUGUCAUUUCAUGGAAACCGAAGGCAUUGGGCUAUGGCACAAAAUUUCUUAAAAGGGCAUUGAAGUAGACCCGGUAAAGAUAGAAAUCAUUGUGAAAUUGCCACCCCCUUCUUCCAUCAAGGGGAUUCGCAGUUUUCUUGGCCAUGCUGGAUUUUUUCGACGGUUUAUCAAGGAUUUUUCCAAAAUAUCAAAGCAUUUAAUCAAUCUUCUCUCAAAAGAUGUGGAGUAUAAUUUUGAUGAAUCUUGUUGCACCGCAUUUUCAAAACUCAAGUUGGCCUUAACUACUGCACCAAUUAUUAGGCCACUUGAUUGGAAUCUUCCUUUUGAACUCAUGUGUGAUGCGAGCGAUUAUGUCGUGGGAGCCAUUCUGGGUCAACGCAAAGGCAAAGAAGUAUAUACCAUUUAUUAUGCAAGUCAUACUCUUGAUGAUGCCCAAUCAAAUUAUGCACAACUGAAAAAGAGUUCCUUGCCAUAAUUUUUGUCAUUGAAAAUUCCGAUCUUACCUUAUCGGUAGCAAAAUUAUUGUCUAUACCGACCAUGUGGCUAUCAAAUACCUUAUCAACAAAAAAGAUGCAAAACUGAGGUUGUUGUGGUGGAUCUUGUUACUACAAGAGUUUGACACGGAAAUCCGUGAUAGAAAAGGAUCUGGAAAUGUUGUUGCCGAUCAUUUAUCUCGACUUGAGAUUCCUUGUGAUACCAAGAUGCCAAUCAAUGAUUAUUUCAUUGGGGAACAACUUAUGGCUGCUCAAAAUUUCGAUCCAUGGUUUGCCGAUAUUGCAAAUUACCUUUCUCAUGGGGUAAUUCCACAUGGUGCUACACAUUCCAAAAAGAAGAAGUUAAAAUAUGACUCCCGCUAAUAUCAUUGGGCAGAACCUUUUCUCUAUAGAAGGUGUGCCGAUGGAGUCAUUCGACGGUGUUUGCCCGAAGAUGAAGUUUCAAAUGUCUUGCAUCAAUGUCAUUCCUCAGCAUAUGGGGGACAUCAUGGAAGCUCUCGUACUGCUGCAAAGAUUUUACAAUCAGGUUUCUUUUGGCCCACUAUUUUCAAAGAUGCAAGCAAAUUUGUGAAAAAUUGUGAUCAUUGCCAACGUACCGGCAAUAUUGGAAGAAAGAAUGAAAUGCCUCAACAUGGCAUACUUGAAGUCGAAUUGUUCGACGUGUGGGGGCUCGAUUUUAUGGGGCCAUUUCCAAAAUCUAAUGGGAAAGAGUUCAUCCUUGUAGCUGUUGAUUAUGUUUCUAAAUGGGUAGAAGCAGCUGUCACACCGACAAAUGAUGCCAAAGUGGUGAUCCAAUUCAUUCAGAAGAAUAUUUUCUCCCGAUUCGGAGUUCCACGGUCUUUCAUCACCGACAAUGGUACUCAUUUUUGUAACAAAGCAUUGGAACGUGUCCUUUCCAAACAUGGGAUUCACCACCGACUCUCAACUCCAUACCACCCGCAAACAAAUGGCCAAGUGGAACUUUCAAACCGAGAAAUCAAAACAAUUCUCGAGAAAGUUGUUAAUCCUUCCCGAAAGGAUUGGGCCGUAAAGCUUGAUGAUGCACUAUGGGCAUAUCGCACUGCUUAUAAAAAUCCCAUCGGCACCUCACCAUUCAAAUUGGUGUAUGGGAAAGCAUGUCACCCUCCUGUUGAGGUUGAACACAAAGCAUAUUGGGCAAUCAAGACACUCAACAUGGAUCUUACCUUGGCGGGUGAGAAACGACUGUUGCAACUAAAUGAACUUGAAGAAUUCAGACUUGCAGCUUAUGAUAGCUCAAAACUCUACAAGGAGAAAACAAAAGUUUUGCAUGAUCAGGUGAUUAGCCGGAGAAAAUUUGAACAGUGAGAUAAAGUUCUUCUAUUUAACUCACGUUACAAAUUCUUUCCUGGGAAGCUAAAGACCCGAUGGUUGGGUCCAUUUGAAGUACUUGAAGCAUUCCCAUCCGGAGCAGUACAAUUGUUAAACAAAAGCGACCAAAAACUCAUGAUAAAUGGAUAACGGUUGAAACUAUACCAUGAUGGUGAGAGACAAGAGGCAACUUUUGUGUAUUGCCUCACUUAUCCGAAAUAUGAAUGAAGAGGCAUGGGUCAAGCUAAUGACCUUAAACGAGCGCUUCUUGGGAGGCAACCCAAGUUUGUAAAUUUCAAAAGAAAAAGAAAAAAAAAGAAAAAAAAGAAAAAAAAUAGUCUAGGUUUUUGUUUUUGGACUCUAAAGGGGUCACAUUCGCUCGAAAGUACAUCUCAACGUCAUCCGGCCGCACUUCAAGGAAGUUUUCUUUACACUCCUUUAAUUUAUUUUUCACUGAGGACAGUGCAAAUUUUAAGUGUGAGGGAGUGGGUAGUUCGACCCUGAUUUCUUGUGUGAAUAUUUUUUUCCCUGACUUUGAGAGGAAAAUAGUUAAAGAUAUAACCGGGAUCGACGAACAUUUCAUUAAGUGGAUAAAAGCAAAACCAAAUCUUCAUCUCUAUUAACUAAAACACAUAAGUCGUUCAUCAUAGUGUUUAAAUACAUUUAAGUUCAUCAACAAUCAUAAAAAAAACCUUGUUACUAUUUAAUUAAAAGAAAGACAUUCUUUUCCAUGUGGAUAUGAAUCUUACUUCAAUAUACUACGUAUAAGUGUUGUAUUGUAUUUAUUAUUUUGAGUGCACACCGCGACAAAGUGCACGUCAGAAGUCCCAAGUGAUAGAAAAUGUAGAAGGAAUAAAUUCUAGAGCUUCUCUAGAAGAUAAGGUCUCUAGAACUCUCCUAUCAUUAAUUGUAUAGAAUUGUCUAGAAUGCAUUAAUUAUAGAAGAGUUUGGAUACUUUUGUACUAGUAUAAAUAGAGCUCCCCUAUCGGCACUUUGUAUCAAGCAAAUUAAGUUGUUCUAAUAAAAGAGUUCUUCCCUUUUGUUUAAAUAUUUGUUCCAUAAUAUUUCUAAUUUAGCCUCUCCAUUUCUCGAAUCUUCCUUCACUUAUUUCCAACACAGAAUAGUAGAGUUUGGAGCGGAGUUCUUACUGAUGCCAAGUUGAAAUCUCAAAUUUUUGUGGACCCUGGCGCAUAAGGCAGUACGAGCUCAAAGUGGUCCAAGCUCGGCUGGUUCUUCAGUACCUUUGCCUAGGAGGUUUAAAAUAAAUGUCGAUGUGGUUGUUAGAGACAAUUGCAGCGGGUUGAAUUCAGGGAGUACUCUUAGAGUUGGUUGGAAUACGGGAAGCUCUUAGCUGGGUGUAAGGAAAAGGGUGGUAUUUUAUAGAAGUUGAAUCGAUGCUUGUGGGGCGAUCUCGUAAAUCCUUAAUGAGACAAGUGAGUCUCCUCUAAGUAAUUGCGGGUGAUAUUAAAGGUCUUGUUUUAGGGAUUUUUUUUAGCAAACACGGCGGCUCAUGAAAUAUCUUGUUUAUGUGUUUGAUAACAAUCCUAAAUAAAAAAGAAUACAUAGUAUGCAUUAUGUUGAAAUAAUAUGUCUAAUUAAUUUCAAAACGGAGUCACAAAAGUUACUUUUAGAACUUGUGAAGAUAAAAAAAGAUAAGUUUUCAUUUUUUAAAAACGACUAUAAAGUGUUUGGAUUUAUUUUUUAAAACUGUUUAUGCUCUUUCAAGGAGCAGAAGCAAAUAUCGAAAUGUUUGGGUGAAAGUGUGAAAGUACUUCUGAGUGUUUCGAAUUAUUCCUAGAAGAAAUUUUUGAGAAACUGGGGGAGAUCAGCUUCUAAAAAAUUGAUUCUGAUUCUCCUAAUUUUAAAAAAGAAGAAGAAGCAGACUCGAUUUCAAAUGCCCCUAAAUAAUUUCUAGCCCUAAAUCUAUUCAAAUUUCUUCUCCAAAAAGCCAUCAGCAAAAUCUACUAAUACAUUUUAAAAGUGACAUAUGGGACAAUAUCGCUAACGUUAAUACUAAAACCACUCAUACAUUGCUAAAACAUUGGCAUACUUUAUUUUAGAAAUUGGAGUUAAAAUAAAACUUUAGCGUUUGCAAGUUUGCUGCAUAGGUGUGCGGCUGCCUUUCUCCCCUUUGCUGAAUGCGCCGCCAUCGCUGAAGGCUUGUCAUCGUGAGAAGCUUUGGCCAGUGGGAUGUGGUGACUACUUGGAUGGGAUGUGUGAGCCGGAACGGCCCCAGGUUAGGGAAUCGAGCCAUGGUGCAAGUGUUGGAGGUUAAUAUGGAGGUUGAUGGAACCGGACCAAAAAGCGGCUCUACAGCGGUGCUACUGGAUCAACACCGCCUAGAAUUCUUAUAGAUCUUGUGAGCGUAGUGCUUCCUUUGGAGGUGGCUGGGCAAAUCUCUUCUCCCUUCCCGUCUUCCCGAUGGCUGGUAAAAUCGGAAUGGCGACUUUGAAUUGAAGAUGGCUGAUCAAACCUCUUCUCCAUUGAUGAUGGCUGGAAAAAUAAGGAGAUUUGAUCCUAUUUGUUCUUUUCAUUUUAAUUACUCUAGUUUUAUGUGCAUGUAUUUUAGGAGCAAGUACAACGACGAUGUUAGAUUAGCCUACCAUGAUGCGGGGUUAGCGAUCUUGAUGGGUCCUCAGGGGCUUGUCAGUUAUAUGUCUCACUCCAGGGUAGCUCUGAACUAUUUGUUUGCUUUGUCUAUUGUCACUUCCAUUAUUAUUAAUAAAUUAGUCUUCUUUCAAAAAGAAAA